CGUGAAGUAGUAAUAUAAAUCUAGAGCGAGGGUUGGACGCUCCAUUUGAAAGAGGAUUGAUGUGAUCGUCGAGAUUUUCAGCGGAAGGUAAAUGACUUCAUGUGAAUAAAUUCCGCAGGGCGUCGAGAGUGUACUGCACAUUGAGAACGCUGAACAGACUGGAGAAUGGAUUUACAUUUCGUCAAAGACAUCAACUUGGCAUCCUUCAUUCGGGUUAAUUUUCGAAGGGCUAGGGUUCAAUGAGAUGAAGAGGCACGACCUUCAACACCACCGUCUUCCAAUUGAUACUUUGACCUCGUGUGUCUACAAAUAGGCCUUGGUGGAGAUCCAUGUUCAGCCGAUUUCGAAUUGACUCGCAUUCGAUAUCACGUCACAAUGCAGCCGGCGAAGAACAGGAGAAAGCUCGAUGCUUCAUCAGAAGUCGAAUGGAAUUCUUCCACGAUACCUGCUUACUCACUGCCGGAACAUAGUACGAAAAGAUUAUCUGAGGCUAUGAAUGCGGAGAAGGCUAACAGAUAUGAGCCUCCCGAUGCCGUGCCGUUCACUGACUGGUUUCAGGGAUACUUCAAAUCGGACUCUACAGGAGUAUCAGAGUCGAAAUUGGAAACGAAAAGUGGACAUCGAACUCCAACAUCUAAUAAAGUUCGGAGUCCCAAAUCAUCACAAAACUUGCCCACUUCCAGUACGACCAUGGGCACGACCAAGGUGGACUUGCGAUGUCGCCGUGCGUUGCAUAAAAAAGAGUGGAAUAUGACGACUAUGCUUACCUGGAGGAAAACUUACAAGUACAAUCAAUUUCAGAACAUUCUCGACAGUCGGAUCGUCCCAGUUUUGCGCAAUGAUAAGUACAAGAAUGUUCGACCGCAGUACAUGAAUCCCCGAAAGCGUUACGACAUAUUUCCACCCAAGAAAAAGAAGCGCCGGCCCAAGCCGCUGGUUUUCCCCGUUGCUCAGGAGUGCAGUUGUGAUAAAGAUAUCCCCAAGUCUUGGUGUCCAAUCACAUGCCCAUGUCCAUGCCCACUGAGCGCUGUACUCCCGAGCUGCUGCAGUCCGCUUCAGCCUUUUAUCAGCGGAUCGAGGGACUCAGCAUCGCCUGAUUAUGAUCAAUUCCAACCUCCGUGUUGCUUGACGUUCGGGCGGUCCCAUGACGGCAGCCCAUCAGCCACGUCUGUCUCUAGCCCUGCGCAUUCGCUGGAGAAGAGUCCAUCGGCCAGUUCCAUCUCCAGUCUAGGGUCUUCUGCUUUCGGGCGGUCCCGUGACACGAGCCCAUCUGCCAAAUCUUUGCCGAGCCCGGGGUCGGCCAUCAACGAACGUCCCAGCUCUCCUUCGGAAUCCUCGACCGUCACUUCCGCCUCCCGCAGGUCUUCGAUCGGCGAUGGCAAAAAGGGCGAGGACGCGGUGAGCACGAAAUCUCACAAUCUGGCCUCUACCCAUGACAAACGAGAAGCACCGAGCGCCAAAUCCAAAGACACGGUUUCUUCCGUCGAUGGCGCUUCCUCCGACAACGCAUCCAAAGCAUCUACGCCUGCUUCGAACGCGACUCCCAAAUCCAAAUCAUCGACGCCUGCGGCGAGCCGACCUCCGACUCCAGGCCAGUCGAGCUCCAAACCUCCGGCUUCAUCGCCGGACGGGCAGAGCGACGCAGCUUCCCUCGCGAGGACCAGAGCCACUCUGGGCUUUCUGCCGCCUCCUCCGGGCCACGAGGAAUUCAAGGCCAAAGCCGUCGCCACUGCAGCACCCGAUAGCCCCUGGUGGCUGAAUCCUGGCAUCUGCCGGAUGCGAUUCCCGAACUUGGCGUGCCUCGGCGAAUUCAUGGCAGAUGGUCCGUGAAGAAUCCCAACUUCCUCGCACAGGUGAAAUUUCAGAACCAGCGACGAAGAUCUGAGCAUUAGACAACGAGGUCGAGCUCGGCGAAUCCGAUCUGGUUGUGACUGUCGCGAGUUUUGGGGCAUCGAACGCCUCCCCGAAACCUCUUCUCACAAUUUUGAUCGAGCGCGAGGAUUUCGAGGAGAUGGUGAUCGAGUCUUCUUCGUCGAAGAUCUGCUUGCACUCGAGUACGAUGACCACGUCGAGGAGCGAAUCUGCAGUCGGCACUUAUGCCGACUGCAGGUGACCAUGACCACGUUGCCUCGAUCAACCUCGUACCAAAACGUGGUGUACGAGGAGCCUUCCUCGAAUAAAACUGGAAGCAAGAGCUCGCAAUUUGCCUUGUGAUUUGUGCCAUCCAGCACAGAGAAGCGACAUGCCCAUAAAAUACUGUAAAUUGAUGAAAAACUAUGAAUUACCAGGAGAUGUGUGGAUUUUUAGCUUCAU